UUUCUACAUUUCAUACAUGGUAUGACCUAUGUUCCUUACAGGUGAAAAUCUUAAUCAAAGCAAGAUGUCAACUUCGGGGCAAAUGUUUACCAUGGUGACGAUUUUGUUGACAAUGAGUACUCACAUUUCCGGGUCACCAGUAGCUAUAGACACUGAUGACGAUCACUUGGCAGACCAGCUAUCGAAACUCAAAGCACUCUUACAACGUCUUGAAGACAAAGAACGAGAUCCCAGUGCAAAUCACGUGACGAUCGAAACUGCGGGGCUACGCAUGCCUCCUUUGAAAAGCGCCGUUUCUAAACUUCCUGAUAACGUCAAAGAGCCAGUGACUCAUCCCGUGAAUGACCUCGUCGCUGACGUCAAAGAUGUCAUAAAGGAUGCCGUUACCGAGCGGGUGCGACUGCAGGGCGUGAAAGCAUUCCUCGAUUCCUUGUCCCCUACGCAACUGGAGCACUUAAAGGAACUGGGACAUUUGUUUUAUAACAAAAAAGAAGAUGGCGGACAUUUCUUCGACGACCCAAACGACACGAACGAAAACUGGCGAAAUCUCGCAUCUGACCUCGAGAAACAACGAGACCAGCUUUACUUAGAAACAAGAAAAGAUGGUAGCCUUUCGAUCCCGGUUGAGACAGAAGAAGGAACAUUCGGCGCGUUGAAAGAUGAAGUCAAAUACUCCAUUGAAAAGAACCUUCUUACGGAUUUGGCUUUGGCCCAGCACAGCGGUAUAAGCGUAAAGGAUCUUUUAGAAGACAUCGUGGGAAGAGGGAACCAGAAAAUAGAUUCACGUUAAACUGCGGUCACAUAAAACGAACGCUUGCUUUAACACAUAUACAUUUGUUUAAUUAAAUUUUAUGAUUGUGUGCGUUUCUUUAUGGAAACAAAUUCUAAACAAAUUUAAUAUGAACUUAAACAACUGAUCUACCGUGAUUUUCGCAACUUGAAUUGCAUACAUUGUUUUAUAUUUAUGUUUCGAUGGUAAGUUGAUACUGUUUUUCAUCACAGUAUUGUAUUUGUAAUUGAAAUAAAUAAGACUUCAAAAC